AAAAAUUAUCUAAGAUCAUCGAUAUUUGCCCAAUUUAUAACUUGUUAAAUAAACGUUUACAAUAUAAUUAGGCCAGGGAGAAACCUUGAAGUUUACUUAGUUUCUUUCUCCGUCUACAAUUAUAGGUAAUUUUAUUAUAUUAUAUUCUAAAGUUAACGAACUGGUAGCCUUUGAAAAUAUUUAUAGAUAUAGUAUUUAGCAUAAUUGAAACAUUCAAUGAUACACAUACAAAUCUGUAGAUAGCGAAAAAGAGAAUAAGUCACACUUCGAUGCUUUUCGUUUGAUGAACAUACGGUAUAACACGUGAUUUAUCCAAGUUGUUUUAUUCUUUUUCCAGAUGAAAAUAUACUCACUGGCAGACUGACCUGUUUUAGAAGAAAUAAGAAAGUAGAUUCAGAUGGGAUUUAAGGAAAAAAUUAUUUUUAUCAGCGGUUGUUGGUCAUGUUUAAUUGGAUUUAUUAUUUUAGGAAUUUUACUGGGUGGACAGAAUUGGCAAGAAACAUACGGAACGGUAGUGACCCAAUAUGGAGUUAUGCCUCCUCGAUCCAUCGAUGCUAACUUAACAAUUUAUAUCGGUCUUCAAGAUGUCACUAUUAUUACAAAAGGUUUUCUCGACGGAGAAAAAACUGAAAUUGAGAGUAAAGAAUUCUUCUCGUGGAGAAAUGCUUACAUGAAAGAUUAUCUACGUAAUGGACUACAAAAGGGUUUACCUUAUCCUGUACUUUCGAUAUUGGAAUACUUAAAUGAAGAUCAUGGAUGGGGAGCUAGAUUAUGUCUCAUUGGCAGAUUAGUAUCUGCGGGAUUAUGGAUAAGUUUAGCAAUUGGGUUGUUAUCAGCAAUAUUUGUUCAAGUACAAGAGAAAUGGUUAAUGGGCACUUCAUUAGCUCUUACAGGAUUUACUAUUAUAUCGUCUUGCCUUAUCUAUUAUUUUAAUUUACUGAAAACACCUGUUGUUAUAUAUAUAUCGGGAAAACCUAUGCCAUUAAUAAGAGGUUGGAUGUUUUACUUUACACUAAACUUAGGUAUUGUGUGUGUGAUCUUAAGUACAUCGACUUUAUUGGUUUUGUCAUUGAAUACCUUAGAGACACCUAUCCAAUUUAUAUGUAAAAUAUACUUCAAAGUAUCCAUGCUCUUCCGAAAGCACGUACCUCAUUUACAAGCGAUCACUUAAUGCAUUCAUAGAAAAUCAUCAUUUUGAAUAUCAUCCAACAACUCGUCAAGGUGCGCUGUGUCAUCUGCAAUUCAUAAUAAAAACCUAGUCGAUUUUUUUAAUUUAUCCGAUUGA